CUCUUGUUUUUAUUUUAUGAAAAACAGUAAAACACUACUAAAGCAGCUUGGAAGACAGACACAGCUCUAAUUAUUCAGAAUGGCGCCUCUUCCGGUGGUUCUCAUGGUAGCAGAAAAACCUAGCAUCGCUUUGUCUAUUGCUUCUGCACUGUCUCAUGGACGAAUGUCCACAAGAAAGAGUAGCACAGAGGUCCAUGAAUUUGAUGGAAUAUUUCUUGGGUUUCAAGCACAUUAUAAAGUGACAUCAGUUAUUGGGCAUAUUUUCAGUGUAGAUUUUCCACCAAAAUAUCAGGACUGGGCGACCACUGAUCCCAUGGACCUUUUUGAAGCUCCAAUAGUUAAGAAUGAAUCAAACCCUAAGGUUCACAUUCGUAGACAUUUAAGCCAAGAAGCUCGUGGAUGUGGCCAUUUGGUACUGUGGUUGGAUUGUGACCGUGAAGGAGAAAAUAUAUGUUUUGAAGUUAUUGAGUGUACUGGUUUACAAUUAAAUGAUCCUAGAAGAAAGAUACAUCGUGCACGGUUUUCUUCAGUUGCCGAAAAGGACAUUUUGAAGGCCAUGGACAAUCUCGUUCCACCCAACAGAGCUGAGGCGCUGGCUGUAGAUGCUCGCCAAGAGAUAGAUUUAAAAGUUGGUGUUGCAUUCACACGAUUUCAAACUAGUUUUUUUCAGGGGAAGUAUGGGAAUCUUGAUUCAAGGGUUAUCUCCUAUGGCCCUUGUCAGACUCCCACCCUUGGUUUUUGCGUGCAGCGUUAUUUGCAAAUUGCCACUUUUAAACCAGAACGAUAUUGGUCUUUGCAACCUCACUUAUUAAUUGGUGGCUAUGAACUUCAACUAGAAUGGGAACGUCGGAGGUUAUUUGACUUUGAUGUUGCCCUGAUGUUUCAAAAGCAGGUAGUACAGGAUGGAAAAUUAGUAGUGACUGACGUAUCACACAAACAAGAGACAAAAGGUCGCCCAUCUGGAUUAAACACAGUGAAUCUUCUAAAGAUUGCUUCAAGUGCAUUAGGCUUUGGACCUCAAAUGGCCAUGCAAAUAGCUGAACGCUUGUACACUCAGGGAUUUAUCAGCUAUCCACGUACAGAAAGCACAGCCUACCCUUCUUCAUUUGACUUCAAAGGCAUACUUGGCACAUUAUCAAACAAUUCUGUAUGGGGUGGCUGUGUCAAGAGGCUGCUUGUUGAAGGUUGUCAUAAACCUCGGUCAGGAACAGAUGCCGGUGACCAUCCUCCUAUUACUCCAAUUCGUUUAGCAACUGAAGAUAUGCUUGGCAAUGAUGCUUGGAGAUUAUACCAGUAUGUCUGUCAACAUUUUAUUGGGUCGGUGUCUCCUGACUGCAAGUAUGUUAGGACAAAGGUGGAAUUUUCAGUUGGUGGAGAGUUCUUCCACUGUAUAGGGCUACGUGUUACAGUAGAAGGAUUUACAUCUGUUUUGCCAUGGUUGGCAGUAACUGAGAAGAAUCUUCCUCAGUUUGUGAAAGGGGAGAAGAUAGAAGUUUCAAAGGUGGAGCUAUUUGAGGGCGAAACUACUCCCCCAGAUAACCUUACUGAAAGUGAGCUUAUUUCUUUGAUGGAGAAGAAUGGAAUAGGUACAGAUGCAUCAAUAUCUGUACAUAUUAACAACAUAUGCGAACGCAACUAUGUGCAGGUACAAGCUGGCAGGAGGCUGGUUCCAACUACCUUAGGCAUCAGCCUUAUAAGAGGCUAUCAGUGUAUUGAUCCGGAUCUCUGCUUACCAGAUAUUCGUAGUUUCAUUGAGCAGCAGAUCACGCUUGUUGCCAAGGGCCAGGCAGAUCAUUCUCAAAUUGUGCAACAUGUGCUACAACAAUUCAAACAAAAAUUCGCUUACUUUGUUAAGCAGAUUGACAACAUGGAUGCAUUAUUUGAAGCACAGUUCUCUCAGCUUGUAGACUCGGGACGUGCUCUAAGUAAAUGUGGUAAAUGCCUGAGGUACAUGAAGUACAUAUCAACCCAACCGCCUCGGUUAUAUUGCGGUACAUGUGAAGAGGUUCACUACCUUCCUCAAAAGGGAACAAUCAAGCUAUACAAGGAAUUAACAUGCCCAUUGGAUAAUUAUGAGCUGUUGAUAUUCUCCCUGGCUGGACCAGAAGGCAAAUCGUUCCCAUUAUGCCCCUACUGCUAUAAUAGCCCUCCUUUUGAAGGUAUAGAUACACUUUUUGGGGCAACUAAAACUGGUAAUUUUGGCAAAUUAGGCAAAGGAGCCGGCAUGCCUUGCUUCCUUUGUCCACACCCAACCUGCAAACACUCUUUGAUAUCCCAAGGAGUUUGUGCCUGCCCAGAAUGCAGCGGAACGCUUGUUUUAGACCCGGUUAGUGCUCCGAAAUGGAGACUUUAUUGCAACAUGUGUAAUUGUCUUGUCCUACUCCCUCAAGGCGCCCAUCGUAUAGCCACUACCCGAGAACGAUGUAUUGAAUGUGAUUCAACAAUCAUUGAAGUCGACUUCAAUAAGAACACUACACCCUUGGAGGAUGGGGCCACAUUGCAUAGCGGUUGCAUUCUAUGCGAUGAGCUACUUCAUUCACUUGUUGAGGUGAAGCACGGGAAGUCGUUUUUUAAACGGACGGGCGGCAGAGGAAGAGGAAAAGGUGGGCGAGGUAGGGGAAGAGGUGGGCGAGGCAGGGGAAGAGGUGAUCCCAAAAUGAGCUUUAGGGAUUUUUGAGUGGUUGCUACUUUUGUAUUGAGUUUUUUGUUUUUCGAUUGUGUUGGGUAUGAAUCAAGUUUAAUUAGGAUUAAACUUUAAAUUUCUUGUCUUUUAUAAUUUGAAUUUUGUUAAGCAUCGGUUGAUAUAUAGAUCGUUAUAUGUCAGUUUUUUUUUA